AUGUUUGUAGCUCUCCAUGGUCGUAACGUCGAUUUUGCGACUGUAAGUGGUAUAAGAGUAUUCUUAACUCGACGUAUGGAAGAAAAUUCUACUCAGGUACAGAUGGAGAUUUCUCCAAAGCAAAGUAUUGAAGCAACUGAUAGCAGCAAUGAUUCUGGCAAAGAAAAUAACUUACCAUGUAAAAAUUCACAUGACAAAGAAAUUUUGAAUGGACAAGAACCAAAUCAGACUGUAAACUUUCAAUCUAAGAUUUUAAACCAUAACAAAGUGCUGGAAAACAGAUCUGCCGAUGUUCGAAAGAAUGCAGAUAAAAUGGAAAUUGAGGAAAAUAUAAAACAGGAUGGAAGUUCUCCAAGCCACUUAAAGCCUCAAUCUACAAAUGAUAGUGAAACUAGUGAUGUAGAAAUGCUUGAUGAUAGUCAUGAUAAGUCAUGUGAUAUCGCUGCAGCAACAACCGAUACCAAUGCAGCAACAACUGAUACCAUUGUGGCAACAAAGGAUACCAUUGUGGCAACAAAGGAUACCAUUGUGGCAACAAAGGAUACCAUUGUGGCAACAAAGGAUACCAUUGUGGCAACAAAGGAUACCAAUGCUCCAAUAAAAGAUGCUAAUGUAGCAACAACUGAUACUAAUUCAACAUCAAAAGAUGCAAUUUCGGUAAAAACUGAUACCAAUGCUUCAAUAGCUGAUACCAAUGCAUCAGCCACUGAUACAAAUGCAGCAGCAAAUGUUUCUCUUAAAAACUCAGGAGAUGCAAAAUGUGCCACUCCGUGCGAGAUAAACAAUGAUAAGCUUACUAAUGAAUCACAAUGCAUGGAUAUCAGUGAAAAGAACUGUGAAAUCACAAGUGUUAAUUCUAAUGGAACUGACUUUGAUGACAAAAGUAAUACAUGCGAUACCAAAGAGGAGGGAAAAGAAAAGACAGAGAAUUCUGUAGAAAAAAUCUUGGAUGAAGAUGGCGAUGAGUUUAUCAUUACAAUGAAUGAAGAUGCUGAUGAAAGCGAUGGUGAAGAAGAAGAUGAAAAUCAUGAAGAUGAAGAGAAUACAAAUGGAAACAAAAAGUCUUCUGAUGUGACACCUAUAAUAACACUGCCUCCACUACCGCCAUUACCUCGAACUACAGUCAAUAACACAGUUCAGAUACCAAAGAAACCAUCACAAUCACUCAUAUCUCAGUCUCUUAAAGGUGGUCAAAACUCCUCUCAGAAUGCAGCAUUGUUAUUGUCUAUGAACAAUUUUUCAAAUUCAUCACUUCAAACUUUUCAGCAGAAAUCCAUGGUACAGAAUAAAUCCUCAUACCUUCCACCAGUUUUAACACCACAGUCAAGUACCGAGAUGAUGAGCCUGAUCAAAUGGGAGAUAUCCAAUAGAAUUUCCAAUCAAAGACCGAAGUACCAGCAGAAUCAGCCUGACAAUGAAUUGGGACCAUUGUCAAAGUUUUUGUUCGAGUUGGGUAAUGACCUCGUAAGAGAGACUGUUUAUAAUGAUUUAGUCAGAAUACAAACUUACAGAAAAUCCACGGGUAAAUUGUCAGAGAAAGAAACUGAAGAUUUGUGUAAACUCAAGGAUGUUCAAAGCGAAUUGAAGUACUUAGUUGGUCCAAUCAAGCAUAACUUUAAAUUGAAAUGCAAGUGUGGAUUUCGAACUGAAUCAAAAAAUAUUCUUGUAAAUCAUCAGGAAUAUCCCCAUGUUGAUGAGAAUGACUUUUCCUGUGCUGUGUGCAAUGACUAUGAAACGAAACAACCUGCAGCUUUUGUGUUCCAUAUGGAAGCAAUGCACAACAUGAGAGGAAGGAUAGAAAACAAGCAAGCAUUUUGGACUUGCAAUCUCUGUCCAUAUGAAAAUAAUUCCAAAAGUAAACUGACACAGCAUAGAUUUAGAUGUUUGAAAAAUUUCAAUUUGAAAACUAAUUUAUCUCAAAAUUCAGUCAUUGGUAUGGAAGUCAAUUUUUGUCUGGAAAAUAACUUUUAUAAAAGGAAAGAUCCCCCAAAGACUCUUCACACAGCCAAUAAUACCAGGCAGCAAUCCAUUGCACCCAAACCAAAAGUUCAAUCAAGUAGUAACACAUUAGUAACGGCUAUAAACAAACCAGCUCCAGUUAUCAAGGCUGCUGGGAAUGAUGUUACAAAGAAAAUAAACACUUUAAUAAGCCAAAAUCAUUUGGUACUAUCUCAAAAUAAAGGUCCAGCAAAUGAGAGUGGAGGAUUUGAAGUGUGUGAAAUUUGUGGUGGAUAUGUGAAGGACAGAAAAGCUUUAAGAAUUCACUUUUAUUAUGCUCAUAGGAAGGAAAUACCAGACAGAGCACAAGCUCCUCUGUAUUGUGCUACCUGUUUUGCUCGUUUUUGGACUGCUCAAGGCCUCCAAAAGCAUCUUGAAGUUCACAAGGUUACAAAUGCGGCAAAAUGUUUGAUUUGUGGACACAAAGUUCCAAAUGUCUUGAUGCACAUGAGAAUAGUACAUACAAAAGAAUUAGGAAACUUUCUGGCAACUUGUAAAUGUAUAUACUGUGGUUUAGUAUGUAGUAGUAAGCGUGGUGUAGAGAGCCAUAUGGUUGGUGUCCAUGGUAUUAUGAUAAAAACCGAAUCAAUUGUAACUAACUCCUCAAUGGGUAUGACUCAAAAGCCGCAGAAGCAACCAGCUCCUCGUGGUUGUAUGUGUGUAUUGUGUAACUUACAGUUCUCUAGAAAUGUUGACCUCACCCGUCAUUGUAUGAAGGUUCAUCAUACUUGUAUGAAAUGUGGAAUGGUGGUAGCUGACAAAGUUUCUUUAGACAAACAUACAUGCUUGAAGUCCAUAAAAGGUCUACGAGAUUGUGAACUGUGCUCAGAACAAGGAUUCCAUCCUGCUUAUCAUGUGAAGCACAUACGUGAUAAGCAUAUCCGUAAAUGUACUAUUCCUUUGAUUAAGCUACCUAAUUGGGUUAGUAAAUCAGUAAAAGACAAAAAACUAAUUUCCAAAGUAGAAUCUAUCUGUAAAGGUAAAAAGACUGAUAAUUGUAUGGAAGUUGAUGAUACGAAAGAGCAGCGAAGCUCAAAAAAAAGACCUCAUGCUGACAAUGAUAGUGUGCUAAAUGACACUGUUAUCGACAUAACUAGUGAUAGUCCAAGUAAAAUUCCCUGUUUAGAUACUUCUGUCUAAAACUUGUUGUGGACUAACGUUUAUCUAUUUGUACAGUAAUAAAAGUUAUAUGUUACAUAUUUGGAUUGUGAAAAAGUCGCCAAAUGAGACAAAAGUAAUAAAACAUCACUGUGCAAUAUUG